ACUGACUGUAUUGCUGUACUAUAAUGCGCAUGCUUGUUAAAGAAAUUAAAGGUUAUAUUCAAUCGCAUAUUGUAUGACGUAAUUUGCGAUUAACUUUUAUAGGAUAUAAGUAUUGUCUUUAAUAUAUAUCAACAAUUACUUAAUUUGUUUACAAUGGCAUCUUCAGUUAGUGGCGGUGUAAAACCAAUGAGUGUUGGUGGCCGUUUAGUGAGUGAAAGAGAACGUUUGAUUGGUAUGACGGAAGAAGAACGUGCAUGGAGAGCUCGGUAUCUUAAAAGCCACAUUCUUGCACCAGAAGAGCCAUUAAACACAAAGGAAUAUUAUAGGCAUUAUUAUAAUCCACUUCGAAGAUUCUAUAGAAUACCUUUAAAUGCAUUUGAAAGAUUAUUAACUCCUCUUAUGGGUAAUAAGGGUGCAAUGGCUGUACGUUAUGUCACAGCAAAAUGUUUGAUGGGUCUUGUUAUACUUUAUGGCGUACGGUAUUACUACAAAUAUAACACAGGCAAUUGGACACGACAAUCUGGUUGGAUGGUGAGACCAACACGUGAAGCAAGAAUUCCAGGAACUAAAGAUUACAAAGGUCUCGAGAAGCCAAAAACUUUUGCUACAUAUGGUUUUGAGAAUUCUCCCAUAUAAGAAUUAUUGUAAUUGCUAUUAAGUAGUAUCUAAACAUAAUAAAAUAAUGAUUCAAGAUA